AUGUCUAAUACCAAAGUUCAAUCCAAACGUCCCAAAAUAACAAGUUUGCUUCCAGCCUGUCAAACUGUGGCAAAAAUAGCUGAAGAAAUUCUGACACUUGCCGACACUACAAAUCGCAACCAGGAAAUUCUUAAACUUCUAGCGGAGCGCGUUGAAGUAUCGAGUCUUUGGUUGUUUGAGCUGAGUCCAAAAGAAACAAAAUGUGAGCGGGCAUUUUACCGGUAUAUUGACGUUCUCACUGAAAUUAGGAACUAUGCGAAGGAGCUAAGCAAGCCAGGCAAAUUUAGUAAACGGUUCCUUCUUGAAAAGGCUGCCAUGUUCUUUGCCGCCAAGGAUAUUCAAAACUCGUACGUAAUUUACAAAACUAAACUUGACGAAGCUAUCGGAGAAUUUAGCCUUGCGCUUAAUUAUGACUGUAACGUCCUUCUCCAUAAAUAUAUUGAAGAUUUGCCUGCAAGCUUUGAGAACAAUACCAAAAUGUUUGUUAAACAAAGCCGCCAGUUGACUGAAAUUCAAGAAUCUAUAGUGCUGAUUCGAAAAGGUAUAGAGAUGCCUGAAUCAGAAUUGGAAAAAGUUCGAUUAAAUACUGAGUUGAUCCGUAAUGAAGAUAGUGAAGAACCGGAAAUGAAAGGGAAAAAUAUGCACAUCAAACGCCAAUUGUAUGGUUCCCAGGAAGUUGCAGUCAAGAAGAUCAAAAUUCCGGAGAGCGAGAAUGAGAAUAGAAAAUCAAUCGAAAAAUACGCUUUUUUAAUGUCAAAGUUGUCACACUGUAACAGCAUUGAAAAGUUUUAUGGAACCCUUCUUAUUAAUCACGAUCUUCAUAUUGUAACGGAAUGGGCUGAAAAGGGUAACCUUGAAGACUUCCUCCGAAGCGAUCAAGAAAUCUUAUGGUCGUGCAGGCUUGAGAUUGCGGAACAAAUUGCUAAUGCUUUAGAGUUUAUCCAUCGUACCGAAAUCUUUCAUCAUGAUGUAAAGAGUCGAAACGUGUUAUUGGACAAGUACAUGGACGCAAAAUUAACAGGAUUCGAUUAUAGUCGACUCCAAGAGCAAUCAACAACGAGUAAUGAAGAGCAAAUCUUAAGUUUACGGUGGACGGCUCCCGAAAAAUUAAAGCAAAGUUCUGUAAGUUUUGUACCUUAUAGUAAAAAAUGUGAUAUCUACGGCUUUUCUAUUACUUUAUGGGAAAUUGGAACGCGUAAAAAGCCAUUUGAAGAAAUCGAAGAUGAUAUUGAUGUUGUUGAUUAUGUAGUUAAAAAUAGCGGACGCCCAACACCGUUUCCUAUAAACGGACCUAAAGAAUACAAUGAACUGAUAACGCAAAGUUGGUCAUCUCAUGCAGGCACUCGCCCAACAAUUGAAGUUAUGAGAGAAAAACUUCGCAAACUGACAAAAAAAUACCAAAAUUAUUACGAUAACCCUUCGACUGAUUUCGGGUUACAAAAUACUGAUACUUCCAAUUCUUCAAUAUCACAAUCUACCAGCCAGUCAGAGCGCAACGAAUCUCUACAAGAUCAACCACUUUUGCCAUUUGAAGAUGUAGUUGAAUUACAUAAGCAGAAGAAAUAUACCAGUGCUUUCCCAUUAUUUCAACAAUACGCAGCUCUUUCCCAUCGAAAAAGUCCACUUGCAAAAUUUUACUGUGGCUAUUAUUUAUAUCAUGGUAAAUGUGGAAUAAAUAAAGAUGAGGACAGUGCGAUCGAAUACCUUCGUCAGGCAGCUGAUGCAAAAAUAGUAAAAGCGCAAGCAUUAUAUGCGGAGGUAUGCCUUGAAGGUAGCACCUAUGAUCCGAUCAAUGGCAUUAAAUAUUUAAAAAAGGCUGUCAAACAUGAGGAUCGGUCGGCAUUAGAAAUGUGGGCAGAAAUCUUGUAUAAUGGAGAACAUGAUCAUGAGAUUGACCUGAAAGAAGCAUUCACCAUUUGGAAGAAGGCGGCAAGCAAGGGGAGUAAAUUAAAAUUGUUUGAGAGAAUCAAGAAAAUCGAGAUGGAGGAUAUUUUAAAAAUAUUUUAA